AUCAAGGAAUAAAGAUGGCGAGUAUUGGAAGCUCCGCUUUGCGGAGCGGUUUGUCAAGGCAAAUAGGCGCAAUAUUGUCUUCGAACCUUCGUCUAAGGGCUGGUACAAAGUAUUGUGUAAAGAGGGAUAUUGCUGUGACAUCACAAUGUUUAGGUGUGACUCCCAUCCAUCUGAUCAUGCCUGCUCUAUCACCGACCAUGACAGAAGGGACCAUUGUAUCAUGGCUCAAAGCAGAAGGAGAUCCAAUAGCGGCAGGAGACGGUAUCUGUGAGAUUGAAACAGAUAAAGCUACAGUUAUCAUGGAUGCAGAUGAUGAUGGGGUCAUGGCUAAAAUACUGGUGCCUGAAGGGAGCAAGAACAUCCCCAUUACCGCCCUUAUAGGUCUCAUGGUACCUGAAGGUGAAGACUACAAGGACGUUGACAUGCCAACACAGACCGCGCCCACGCCCGCAGGGGAUUCCCCCAAACAAUCGGAGGAAGGGGUUUCAGAGAGUGCUCAGUUCUCUGACAUGAGACACGCAGUCACCAAAGCUGGUGAAGGACUGUCUCCAGCGGUUAGAGCGUUGAUUGAUCAACACCAGAUUGAUCCUGGGCUAGUCACCCCUACAGGUCCACAUGGAAGACUACUCAAAGGAGAUGUGCUCAAAUUCAUAGAAUCGGGAGGGGCAGCUGCUGCACCCCAGCCUGCAGCAGCCGCACCCCCUGCCCCAGCCCCAUCCCCUGUACAACCACCACCUGUUGCGGAGAGGGUUGCACCCCCUUCAUAUAAACAGACAGAGGGAAUGUUUUCAGAAGUCGAUCUGACAGGAAUGAGGAAAGUCAUUGCAAAGAGACUCACAGAAUCAAAGACCACCAUACCCCAUUAUUACUCAAUGGUUGAUUGUGAACUGACAGAGAUUGUACGACUACGCAAACAACUCAAGAAAGAUAACAUCAAGGUGUCCGUCAAUGAUUUCAUCAUCAAAGCAGCUGCCAUGGCCCUCAAGCAAGUACCUGAAGUCAACGUGACCUGGAACGGCCAGAGCGCCACGCCCCUGUCUAGCAUCGACAUCUCUGUUGCCGUAGCAACUGAUGGGGGUCUGAUCACACCCAUCGUCAAGGGCGCUGAUGCCAAGGGUUUAAUGGAGAUCUCAGCAAAUGUUAGGGAUCUUGCAACAAGAGCCAGGGCCAACAAGCUGAAGUUAGAUGAAUUUCAGGGUGGAUCAUUUAGUAUUUCAAACCUGGGUAUGUUCGGCAUCUCAGAGUUCAGCGCCGUCAUCAACCCACCCCAGUCCUGCAUCAUGGCCAUCGGUGGGUCUCAGCUAGCCAUCGGGAAGGACCGCAAACCACUCACCUACAUGACUGUCACCAUGUCAAGCGACGCACGUGUCGUAGAUGGCGCCCUAGCGUCGAGGUUCUUAAAAACGUUCAAGCAGAAUAUUGAGAGUCCGAUAAGGCUGGGUCUGCUUUGAUUAUAGAUAUAUUUAUAUGAAAUUGAGAAUAAUUGUUUGUAGUCUGGGUGCUAUGUAAAAGUUGAGCUGGUCGAUUCAGGGCAAGUCAUUCAAGUAACAGUUA